CCCCCGCAUCCCGUCUUCUAUCUGGCAUCGCUCGGUGAUCGUCCUGCGGUCAAGGCCAAGGCCCGUCUUCUGGGACUUCGAGGCUGCCCUGGCCACCAUGUACACGAAGCUGCGCCGUUGGGAUGAUGCCAUUAAGCUAGCGGAACGGCUACCAUGGGCUGAAGGAGCUGAAGGAAGCCCAAAUGGAUCUUCGUGUCCAGAAGAUGGUUCGGGUGUCUGCCUCGCACCGUUGCGGCAUGUGAAGCCAGCGCCACUGUUCAACAAUGCCGAUGAAGAGGGCGGGUUUGUCGAUCGGGCCAACUCGACCGAGCAGCUGGAAGAGGAAGAGGAAGAUGGUGAAUCACCAUUCCGGAAGGCCGGCCAGUUUCGCGGUUGGCGGUGAAAAACGGUUCAGCUGAGCCCACAAACGGGCACGCUGGUCAUCGCCGGAACGGCAGGGAAUGUUGUGAUGGCCAACUUUGAGACUCCGCCGACCGCUUCCACCUCGUCUCAGACCGAUGAGACAGCAGGACCGCUGCCAGUGACGGUGAUCUGGUCAGCGGUCAGCGAUCGCGAUGGAUUCGUGUGGAAGGGUCAUGAUCAGCCGAAGGUGAAGCGCUCACUGUUGGAGGAAAACGAAUCGAUUCUCGAGGGUGUGCAGUUUACGGGUGUGCUGCAAGUGCUGCCACCGGCCGCACUAGCUUGCAUCGCUAUGCAGAGCAAGUGGUCACUAGUGGCCGCCGGCACUGCACACGGACUCGUCCUCUUCGAUUAUCGUAAUCAGGUUCCGGUGCUGCACAAGUGCACACUCAAUCCUAACGAUCUCACGCAAUGGUUUAUUUUACUAUUUUAGUGGCCCUCACAUCGCACAGGAGUGAGCAAAAAGGUCUGCACGGCGAUCAUGUCUCACGCAAUCGGACGCUCUGCGAGUUUGGAAAGUUAUUUCGGUGAAAAUACGGACGAUAAGCUAAUCAUCGCGUCCGACAAGUGUGUUCGGUAGAUCAGAUCAGACCAACCUCAUCUGCAGCGUCCAAUCGUCGUCAUAUCGUGUCUGAAACACUCGUUCCAUAUCAUUCCACAUUGGACACCAGAGCAGUAGUGAUCGCUAGCCAGAACGUGACCACAGCUGCGCUUGAGCGGAACGCGUACGAGCGGAAGUUCAGCGAGUUGCUUCAACUUAUGUGAUUGUCUUGUAUAACGGAUGUAUUAAAUGAUAUGCGAACGAUCGUCGAUCAGUUGCUUGCCGAUGAGUCGGACACGGGAACGAACGAUCUGCUCACCACAAAGCUCAAACCGAAAUCGUUCGCCAUCGUGCAUCGUUGGAGCUGAAGUUUGAUCAAAGAAGAAAGGUUUGUGUGUCUCAUCCUCAUCAUCCAAACUCCCAAAGAGAGAAGAUCGAUUUGAAUAAAACGAUAAAUACACCACAACUUU